UGCUUAUACGACACAGUUCCCCGUUUGACUCUCGUCCGAUCGUGCGCGCUCUCUCUCUCCGCCCGGCGGCGUCUUCGUUUCGACCGUAGCGACAGCGAGCGAGCGCGUCUGUCUGUCUGUCUGUCUCUCUUCUCUCCCUCUCCUGUCUCUCCAUAGAUCUGUCUGUCCGUUUAUCUCUCUCUUUCUCUCUCUCGAUCUCUAAGUCUAAAUCCAUCUCUCUCUUGUCUAAUUCACAAGAAGAAGAAACUAUUCUUGGCCAAAUCGUCCAUAAACCUCCUUCUCUUCCUCCUACCUCCUCCUACGACGCCGCCUUCUGCAGGGCCACCUCUCUCUCUUCCUCCUCCUCCUCCUGCCACUUCAUCGUCAUUCCUCGUAGGACGUUGCCCUGAAGGAUUCCCCGCUGCAGGAGGGCGCAAGAGACGGCGACGAAUCGUCGCCGUCAGCUAGAACCCACUUGGCUAGGACAGUCCAGGCUGUCUAGGACACUAUGGCCAUUUUCUAUUGGACACCUGGGACUAUGGCCAUCUUCUACGUGAAUCGUGGUAGGGUGCCACAUAAACAUCGAUUGACUGUUUUCGUGAAUGUUUUUCUAGGUUGAGGAUGAAGCAAGGAAACCAGACGAGAAUACCAGAGCCAACCAGGACGAGAUAGGACAAAUAAUUAUGUUUCCAGUCGUUUUCUGAUGCCAUCGCAAUGGUGAACGCCUACUUGAACCGCUCCAAAGACACUUUACAAGUGCGCCAGUGAUUCGACUUCCGAAACGGAAAAGCAAAACGAAAGAAAAUAAAAAAAAAGUGACAGCGUACGAGUCAAUAAGAGAGAAACAAUACUCUGAAUUACUGAAAAGAACAAAAACAAACAAUUUCGCGCGCUAUCUCGAACGCAGUGAUGAUCAGCGGAGCCGACAGAGAGGCUUCUCAGUGACGUCAUCAAAGUACCUCCCGAGUAGCCACUCCGGAGGACGUUUUGAGUGUUUUGGGCUGAUUUUCCCCCGAAGGGCGGCGCCAUGAGGCUGAUGAGGCUCCUCACCUGCUGUAUGGAGGGCACUCUGCUGCUCCUCGGAGUGGGGAAUUGGCAGGUGUCCUUGUAUAUCCUGCUCGGCCUGUGGAUUUCAAUCCAUACAGGCGUCACACAAGCGCUGGGUCAGCCGGACUUCGCAGCGCCCUUGGUCAACGUCUCAGUGCCCGUCGGGAGGGACGCGACCUUCUCCUGCAUAGUGAAGGAUCUCGGAGGAUACAGGUCUUCGACAGGAAAACAGGAUAAUUUACAGGUAGGAUGGGUGAAGGCGGACACGAAGGCGAUACAGGCCAUUCACAGACACGUCAUCACGCACAACUCCAGGGUCUCCGUGAGCCACAGCGACCACAACACCUGGAUGCUGCACAUCAAGGGCGUGCAGGAGGAGGACCGUGGACCUUACAUGUGCCAGAUCAACACGGAUCCUAUGAGGUCUCAGAUUGGAUACCUGGAAGUGACUGUUCCACCAACCAUCGACGACAAGAGGUCUUCGACAGACGUCAUGGUUCCGGAGGGAUCCACGGCUGCUCUCUUUUGCAGAGCCAAGGGUUACCCGAGGCCGAAGAUUAUCUGGACCAGGGAGGACCAGAAGCCCAUCGUUCUGCGGACCAGCGACCCCCAGAUACCCAAAAUACGUAAGCAGUCAUACGAGGGGGAGGUCCUCAACCUGACCCAAAUCACAAGAUCUGACAUGGGCCCAUACCUGUGCAUUGCCAACAACUCCGUCCCGCCCAUCGUUAGCAAAAGAAUUAUGGUGGAGGUUCACUUCAGGCCAGUAAUCCACGUACCAAACCAGCUUAUUGGGGCACCUUUAGGUACGGAAGCCAAGCUUGAAUGUAACUUGGAGGCCUCGCCAAAAUCCAUUCAGUACUGGACACGAGACACAGGUGAAAUGCUCAUCAGCAAUGAUGAAUACAGCGUACACGAGAGCCACAGCAACUACUACAUGACAAAGAUGACCCUCAUCAUCAAGAGGUUCCAGCCCCACCACGAAGGGAUAUUCUACUGCAUCGCCAAGAAUUCCCUCGGAGAGACGGAGGGGAAGAUUAAAGUUUAUGAGUUCGAACUGAAGACGGAGUCUCCGGCAGUGAUCGAGGAGGAGACUAGCCCCUUCGACGGCCACCUGGGGCGCGACGGAGACGUGACCUCGGACAUCUACACCAACGAGAUCCCCUACGGCCACCGCUCUUGGGAGGAGAACACCAGCCCGACGCGCUACGGAGACGUCGUGCGGGGCGGCUACAACAACAACCGGCCCAACCACCGGACGCCCCCCUCCCAGACGUCACUGGAGAGGAACAGGAACCACCAGCACCACCAUCACCAUGACUACAACAACAACAACCCCGGGGGGGACGACUGGGGGAGGGGCCGGCCUCCAACGCGGCCUCCCAGGUGGGGGCUGGACCAGUCGGCUUCCAGCUGGAGAGUGGCCGGCGAGAGACCGCUCCUCGUUGCCACGUUUUUGUGCCUUCUGGGUCUCUUCUGGGGUCUCUAGCAGAUUCCUCCUGCUCCUCCUCCUCCUCCUCCUCCUGGUGUGUUUGUUUCUUUGCCUUCUUUGCUUCCUCCUCACUGCGCAACGUGGCAGGAAGUCUCCGCGCGUGCGCGAAGGAUCUCCGGCUCAAGACGCGACCCUCGUUGCUCCUCCUAGUUUGUUGGAACUGACUUUGUUUAUCAAACCCGGAGUCGAAUAUAAGUGCUGCUAACCUUACAUAUAAAUAUAUAUAUACUAUGAAUAUCGUAUAGCAAUGGAUCUGAAAAAUAACAAAAAAAAAUAAUGAUUAUAAAUAAUAAUGAAUGAAUAUACCAAUGCUUCCGUAUGAAUGCCAACAAUAUAUAUA